AUGGGAAAUGGAUCCGAAUCCUUAGAAUUUCAUUCCUCAAUAUCGAAAAACAACGAUAUCAUUUUAGGUGUUCUCUAUUCGGUGUUUGGUCUCUUUUCGCUGUCCGGAAACUCAGUCCUGUUAUUGGUGGCGUAUCGGAAACGAUCUAUACUCAAACCUGCUGAAUUCUUCAUUGUCAACCUUGCAAUUAGCGACCUCGGCAUGACCCUAAGUCUGUUUCCAUUGGCCAUUCCUUCGUUGUUUGCGCACAGGUGGUUGUUUGAUAAAGUCACGUGUAAAUAUUACGCCUUCUGCGGAGUGCUAUUUGGCCUGUGCAGUCUCAUUAACCUCACAUUGUUGAGCACGGUUUGCUGUAUGAAGGUUUGCUACCCAGCUUACGGGAAUAAAUUCUCUUUGUCACAUUCCCGAAUCCUGCUACUUUGUGUCUGGGCCUAUGCAUUCGUAUUUGCAACGGCUCCAUUGGCUGAUUGGGGGAGUUACGGACCGGAGCCAUACGGUACGGCUUGCUGUAUUGACUGGAAAGCCUCAAACCGAGAACACAGGGCCAUUUCCUACACAGCAUCCCUGUUCGUAUUCUGUUACAUCAUUCCCUGCUCCCUGAUACUUGUAUCCUACACCCUGAUACUCCUGACUGUAAAAGGCUCCAGGAAAGCCGUACGGCAGCAUCUCUCCCCCCAAACCAAAGGAAAUGCCGUCCACUGCCUGAUUGUAAAGCUGAGUGUUGCGGUUUGUAUUGGAUUUCUGUUGGCCUGGACACCUUAUGCCAUAGUCGCCAUGUGGUCAGCGUUUGGAGAUGCAGCACAAGUGCCACCAAUGGCGUUCGCCCUGGCUGCAGCAUUUGCCAAAUCUUCAACACUCUACAACCCUAUGGUGUACCUUCUACUGAAGCAAAACUUUCUAAAUGUUUUAACUAAAGACCUGUUGGUGUUUCAGACCAUGUGCUCGAUGGUUUGUGGAAGCUGUAAGUCAUCAGUUGGGAGACCUCCAUGUAUUCGCACAGAGGGCAGGAGGUCGGAAAAGCUUGCAAGUCAUUUUAGGGAAAGUCAAAGAACGAACAGUAGCUGUACUGAUACAUUCGAGUGUUGCCAUAACCACCCGAGGUGCUGUAGUGUGGGGCCCAUUGAGGUCAGUCCACCAGUAGCUAUAUCUAUGGUCAAAAACCCAACUAAUAACUUUGGAUCAGCAUCAGCUGUACGCCUUGUGGUAUAUUCCUCAAGGUCUAGAUCAGUUGAGGAGACCAUCGAGAAACCAUUAGGCUCAUCGCCACCAGGCUUUAUGUAAGACUUUAUCUGUUCAUCUGGAAAAUAUCAAUGAUCUUUUAGCAUUUUAAAUACUUUUGGCCAUUGCCUCCGGAUCAAAUGAUUUUAGGUGGACUAGGUUUCAAGAAUUUACAUU